AUGAAUGGAAGUCAUCGUCUUAAGUUUUAGAUAUCAUUUAGUGAGGAUGAAGUUAAACCAGAGAUUAUCACUCUUAAUCAAUUUGAUGAUGCUCUAAAAUUUGAGGAUAGAUAUGAGGCAUUAUAGACUUUGGGUUAGGGUGCUCAUGCUGUAGUGAAGGUAGCAAAAAAGAAAGAUACAGACGAGAUUUUUGCAGUGAAAAUAGUGAGAUCUGGAGAUUAGGAAAUAUAAAACAACGUUAAAAGAACUUUUAAUAACACUAGAUGUUUGAGACAUCCAAAUAUUGCUUAGGAUAUUGAAUUGUUUAUAAAUGAAAAGAUGGAAACUUCAUAUUUGAUAAUGGAGUAUUGUGCAUUCGACUCAUUAGAAUCCAUUAUUAAGAAACGAAAAUUGACAAUAAUGGAACUUAGAAUAGUGAUUAAAUAGUUACUUUUAGCAAUUCAACAUGCUCAUCAGAAGGGCAUUUGUCAUAGAGACUUGAAACCUGAUAAUGUUCUCGUGGAUUUGAGUGAGAAUAUUGAAUAAUCUGAAGUAAGAGUAAAGGUUGUUGAUUUUGGAGUAUCAAGAAGAUUUUAAUCAAAAGGAUAAGAAAUUGAAAUGUUGACAAAAACAGGGAAUAUAUUUUAUUGUGCUCCUGAAAUUUAUCAUAAAUCUUGUUAUUCUAAAGAAGUGGAUAUUUGGGCAAUCGGUGUGAUAGCCUUUUAAUGUUUAUUUCAAAAACUGCCAUUACAUUCUGAUGAAUAUCAAGAUUUUGUUGAGUUAUUGAAAUGUCCAGAUAAAUGGAAAUUUAAGGAACAUUUAAAAGAACUAGAAAUACCUCUGUAAAAUUUGAUUAUUGGAAUGCUGGAGUAAGAUAGUUAGAAAAGAAUUACUAUAGAUGAUGCAUUGAGGAAUUCAUUUUUUGAAUAGCAAUAGAAAGAAAGUACGCCUCUGAUCAUCAGUACAAAUUUGGAGAAUCUUAUAUAUAAUAGUAAUAAACAUAUGAAAUAAUUACAAACAAGUUUAGCCAUCAACAACAAUUAUUUUGGUUACCACAACUCAAAUUUGGGUAAUAUGAUCUAGAAACUGCAAGGGGAAAAUAACCAGGAGAGAGUAGAUGUAGAAGAGUUAACAAGAAACUUUGGAAACAUUCAUAUUACAUAGAAAUAGAAUGAAAAAAGAGGGCCAAUAUAAUUAAUGAAUUCCAUCGGAAGUAGCAAUGUUCUAAUGAGUAGAUUUGGAAGUAGGCAAGAAAUAUCUUAUUAAGCUCAAUCUGAUGCAUUAAGGAAAAUUUGUGACAUUAAAGGUUCUGGAGAUCCUUUUGGGGAUUUUGCUAUCCAAUAAAGUUAAGAAUUGUAAGAGCAAUAGGAAUCUAAUUUUCAAUAGAAUAAUUCUUAAAAGCUGUUUCAAUAAUUAGGAUCCCAAAUUGAAUCUAGUAUCAAUCUCACUCCUGAAGAUCAAACCAAGGUCAUCAAUUAAUUAGAUAGUUUGGGUGUUCCAAAAAGGAGCUCUGUGCUUACUUAAUUUUUUGGUGAUUUGGGAAUAAAAGAAGUUGAUGAAAUAACUGAAGACUGUUGA